ACCAAGUUGUUGUCCUCGAGUCCGACUUCGAAGAUUGUGGACAGUGCGUGCAAGGAGACAAAAAUGGCUAAAAUCUAAAGGUGUCUCAAGUGACAGAUUGUGGAAAUGCACAGCAAUGACUUUUGACGAACACAGGGGAGUUGCCCGUCAUGGCGGCGCUGGAAUGCCAUCGGGAUUCGCCCUCAGUCACGCUUGGGAGGAUACAUUUCACAGCUGAGCCCAUGGAGACGUGGAAACGUCAUAUCAUCAACCAACUUAAACAUCGAGACAAGGCACAGAAGAAAAACUUUCAGGAUGUCAUACGGUCGUAUAUCAAUCUUCUGGAGCGGACCAAACAGAGAGCGCUCAUCCUUGGCUCUCUGGCAAGGCCUCUCCCCGUAACCUACACUCAAGACUACCAGUCCCCAACAGGGACUGGUCAAACCUCCCAUCACGAAAACCUGGUUAAGGAUCUGGAGAAGACCACAGGGGAGCUGGCAUACCAGGUGCUGCAGCUUCAGCAGAAGAUAACAAUCAAAGAUGCCAUACUCGAAGAGCAGCAUGCCAGGAUGUGUGAGGUGCAGAACCGUCUGGCUCAGGUGGAGUCGGACCAGGGGGAGUUGCGAGCCAACGUGACCCAAAUCAGGGAGCGGAACCGGGCCCUGAAGCGGGAGUAUGAUGCCCUGCUGGAGAAGCGGAGCGACAGAGAGAAGGCUUACCGGCAGGCCAGGGAGCAGGGACAGGAGAUGGUGGAGGACAUGAUCAAGAACAAGCAGAUGGCCGCCAUGAAGAUGAACAACCGCAACGAGAGGAGAGUCAGGGCCAGAGAGGCCAACCUUCAUAAGGAGCUGGAAAUGGCUGCCAAGAAAACUCUGGACAUCGAUGAUGGUCCCACAAACGUGUCCCAGUUGAAAAUCAACACCUCCACAAACAUUGAUACAGUGGAGAAAUACCAUACACGCGUCUUCAGGUCGGCGUCUGCCACCUCUCCCAGAAUCCUCAGCUCCAUCCGAGAGCUCUUUGAUAGGAGAAAGAGGCGAGGGAACUCUGUGUGCUGUCUAGAGGAGGACAUGCACUCUCCAGUGGGCGUCUGCCUGGCCGCCAGAGUCCCUGCGGUUGCAAAGCACGUGCUGGAUGCCCAUGAGUUGGGUAUCAACGCGGUUCGCUUCAGCGCCUGCACCAACCUGCUGGCCACUGGUGGCACAGAUCGGGUCAUCAAGCUGUGGGACAUCACGGCAGGCAUGCUGCACCACAGGGGAACACUAGAUGGCAGCAACGAGGGCAUCACAAGCAUCGAGUUUGACCCAACGGGCACCAGGAUUCUGGCUGCAUCAUACGACAAAUCGGCCCUCUUUUGGAAGCUGGAUGAUUGCGUUCCCAAGUUCACUCUGACAGGCCACUCACGUAAGGUGACAGCAGCAAAGUUCAGGUGCAGCCAACGGCAAGUGGUGACGGGCAGUGCUGACCGCACCGUGAAGGUGUGGGACCUGCAGCGAGCAGCAUGCAUCCAGACCAUUGAGGUACUGUCCUACUGCAGUGAUGUGGUCUGCUCGGAGUACUUCAUCAUCAGUGGGCACUAUGACAACAAGGUCCGCUUCUGGGACAGCAGGGCUGGGAGCUGUACUCAGGAGUUGCCCCUGCAGGGGAGAGUGACUUCUCUGGAUCUGUGCCCAGACCACCGCCAGCUCCUCAGCUGCUCCAGGGACGAGAUUCUGCAGGUGGUGGACCUCCGGAUGAGUAACGCACGCAUCUCCUUCAGGGCGGAAGGCUUCAAAUGUGGAUGUGACAGCACAAAGGCUAUCUUCAGCCCUGACGGCAGCUAUCUGGCUGCAGGCUCUGCCGACGGAGCCGUCUACAUCUGGAACGUUCACACCGGAAACCUGGAGAAGCGCCUGCCAGACAUGCACAGUUCCUCCAUCAACGCGGUGGCGUGGUCGCUAACAGGGGAGUUUGUGGUGAGUGUGGACAAGAGCCGACGCGCCGUCCUGUGGAGCGACAUCUGAGCGCCUCGGAGACUGCGUGGAUGGGGGGGGGGGUACUGUGUUCAUUUUCACAUCACCAUGACAACGCACCUUUGGAAGGACGAGGGAAAUGAAACAAGCUCUGUCGUUCCCGUGGGGAUACAGAGACAUAUGAGUGGCAAAACCCUGAUGUCCCACUGACUCAAGCUUUGGUCCCCAAGGGCUUAGAAAGCACAUUGAUUGUGGAGGUUUGGUUGGUUGACUACAGCUUGGCUUGGGGGAAAAAAACAGUCCAUUUUGAAAUUCUUUCGAACACUAUGACAAUACAGAUGGACAUUGUUUUUUAAGAGUCUGAGCAGCAAUACGUUUUGCUGUGUUUUUUCUCGCCAGAAGUGUUCUGUGUUCAUGCCAAUAGGAGCAGGUCACUCUGUGAACUUCAGUAUGCAUAAAAGGCACUGACCACUUGGACAGACGCCCUCUCUCUAUCCCCCCUCUCUCUCUCUCUCUCUCUCUCGCUCUCUCUCUCUCUCUCUCUCGCUCUCUCUCUCUCUCUCUCUCUCUCUCUCUCUCUCUCUCUCUCUCUCUCUCUCUCUCUCGCUCGUUUCCCUCUGGGGUCACUGCU